AUGUCGUCUACUGUUGUCGAAGGCCCGACAUUGCCAACUUUGGCAGUCUUGAAGGAUUAUCUACAAAAUGCAGCGCGUCUGAUUAAUGAGUUGAGAGCGAGAUUGGAGAUGCAUGAAAUUGAAGGACGUGAUGAUAGCGGCAAUAUGAUCGAGGAAGAUGAACCAGUACCGGUACUGGUUCACGAACAAGGCAGCUUGGAUAAGGAGGAUGACAGGGACAAGUGUCACAAGAACUGUUCCUCAAUGAGGACAGUCUUGGUGUAA